UCUGUCAGUGCGGGAUUCCCUUUCAGACCGUUCGGACGAACACCUUUGAUUAUAUUCCGAGGUCUCUUUCGUUUUUGUUUUGUUUAAAACACUUAUUGGUAUCGUCAACCGCGUGUACAGAGAUAAACGUCAACAAACGAGAUCCUAAAGAAAAGUACGCGACCUAGUGAACUCUUUCUUGGUUUUAAAAAGCAAAAAUACAAUUAACAACAUAUUACACUGAGAUAAAAUAAAACGAAUAUGUAGACAUUCGCACAUGAAAGCAAGAUAUUAUUAUUAGAAUACUAUAUGGAUAAAAUUUGUGCGUAGAAAAAAUUAUAUUCCAAGUUUUUAAUUCGUGUUGUGAAUCAAAAACAUUAUAUAUACAAUAAACAAAUUGACGUAAAGUGAUGAUCAGGACUAAUUAAAAUAAUAAUUAAAAACGAACAUUAAGUUGAUUUUCGAAAAAAAAGUUAAGUUAAAUCUUAAAAAUGCCUACAAAGGAAGAAGAAAUUCAAAGAGAAAAAAUAAGGAAGAUGUUUAGUUGGAGUAUCAGUUGUGACAGAAUCGCAGAAGACGGAGGGACUUUAGAGAAUUCUAAUUCACUUAAAAAAAAAAUGCAGAGCACAGAAAGUAUAGACGGCGGCAUAAUGCCACCAAGUACUCUUAUGGCAACUCCUGGAAUAAAUAAUCCGACCUGGAGUCGACAACAAGCCGUAAGCGUGAGGCACGCAUUUAAAACUUAUGGAAGUAGCAAAAAUCCAAAUCAUGUAAUACAAAAUCUCAGUAUGACUGUUGCCAAAGGCUCGAUAUACGGUCUUUUAGGUGCUAGUGGCUGUGGAAAAACUACAUUACUCUCUUGCAUUGUGGGAAGGAGACGAUUAAAUUCAGGUGAAAUCUGGGUAUUAGGUGGCAAACCAGGCACAAAGGGAUCGGGAGUGCCUGGCAAAAGAGUAGGUUACAUGCCUCAAGAAAUUGCACUCUAUGGAGAAUUCACUAUCAGGGAAACCAUGAUGUACUUUGGUUGGAUCUUUGGCAUGUGCACCGCAGAAAUUGUCGAAAGGUUACGAUUUCUCCUGCAAUUUCUCGAUCUUCCUUCGCAAAAUCGUCUUGUUAAAAAUCUUAGUGGAGGUCAACAGAGAAGAGUCUCUUUUGCAGUGGCUCUGAUGCACGAUCCAGAACUUCUUAUUCUAGACGAACCAACAGUAGGCGUAGAUCCACUUCUCAGACAAAGUAUCUGGAAUCACUUGGUUCAAAUUACCAAAGAUGGAAAUAAAACAGUCAUCAUUACGACACAUUAUAUUGAAGAAGCGAGACAAGCUCAUACGAUUGGUCUUAUGAGAAGUGGAAGAUUAUUGGCGGAAGAAUCGCCAAGGGCUCUUUUACAAAUGUAUAGUUGUUCCUCUUUAGAAGAAGUUUUUCUAAAACUUUCUAGAAAACAAGGACAAUAUGUUCCACCUACAGAACUUAAUAUUUCCAAUAAUAUAAGUUUGGCUUCCUUAAACUGGGGCAAAAAAGACGAACCAGUCUACGUGACGGAGGAGUCUGGAGUUGUUGGCCUCAACUUUCAUCAGAGUAAAGAAAUUCUCAUUCACGAUAUAACCAAUGGAGUAGGAAGUCAUUAUGACUUAAAUGGAAAACCCCUACCAGGAGUCAAAGGAGACUCGACAGUGGAGUGUGAGGAUUGCGAUUUUUCUGAUUGCUUUAAGCUUACAACUACAGGAAAGAUCAGAGCCCUUUUACAGAAAAACUUUCUACGUAUGUGGAGAAAUGUUGGAGUGAUGCUAUUUAUUUUUGCUCUGCCAGUAAUGCAAGUCAUACUUUUUUGCCUGGCAAUCGGAAGAGAUCCCACAGGUCUCAAGUUAGCCAUAGUUAAUCACGAGAUGUUUUAUGAAAACAUGAGUUGUCCAGUUUCAGAAGGCUGUAAUUUUACACAACUUAGCUGUCGAUAUUUAAAAUUUCUCGAUAACGAAACGAUGGUGAAAGAAUAUUAUCCUGACCCGAAAGUGGCAAUGGAAGCUGUUCGUCGAGGUAACGCUUGGGGGGCUCUUUACUUUACGGAAAAUUUCACCGACGCACUGGUUGCUCGAAUGGCUCUAGGCAAAGACUCGGACGCUGAAACUUUAGAUCAAAGCGAAAUUCGAGUUUGGCUUGACAUGUCCAAUCAGCAAAUUGGAUUGAUGUUAGCGAGAAAUCUCCAAUAUUCGUAUCGUGACUUUGCUAAGGACCUGCUGUCAACUUGCCAACAGAAUCCGAAAUUGGCCGAUGUUCCCAUUCAAUUUAAAGAUCCGAUUUAUGGAACUAACGAACCCAGUUUUACAGAUUUCGUAGCUCCGGGUGUUAUUUUAACAAUCGUCUUCUUUUUGGCUGUCGCCUUAACGUCCUCAGCUCUUAUCAUCGAAAGAAUGGAGGGUCUUUUGGACAGAAGUUGGGUAGCUGGCGUGUCUCCAGGAGAAAUUCUAUUUUCUCACGUAGUCACGCAAUUUGUUGUCAUGUGUGGUCAAACAGCUUUGGUUCUUAUUUUCAUGAUCAUCGUUUUCGGAGUCGAGUGCAAGGGUGAAAUAGGUUUUGUUAUCGUCCUUACAAUUCUUCAAGGAUUGUGCGGCAUGUGCUUUGGUUUUGUGAUCUCAGCGAUUUGCGAACUCGAAAGAAACGCCAUUCAAUUAGCUUUAGGCAGUUUCUAUCCAACUCUUCUUCUUAGUGGAGUCAUUUGGCCAGUAGAGGGAAUGCCAACUAUUUUGCGAUACAUUUCGCAAGGAUUACCUCUGACAAUGGCUACGACGUCACUUCGAUCAAUGCUCACUCGUGGAUGGACCAUUGGAGAACCUGAUGUCUACAAAGGCUUCAUUUCCACUAUAAUAUGGAUCGUCGUGUUCCUCACGAUAAGCAUGCUUGUUCUCAAAUUUAAACGCGGAUAAGGCUGCGGAUCCUCUUCAGGAGGUUUAAAAGAAGACAUCCUUCUUGUACAUUAUAUCGAAUUCACAAGAAGACUUGCAAGGAUGGAUGUUAAUAAAAAAAAAUACAAAUCGAUUUUAAGUUAAAAAUUAACUUCUUUUAAAGGCACAAAAGAUUAAUUCAACUUUGAAUCUUUUAUAAAAUAAAACUCAAAGUUCGAAAUUUUCAACAAUUCGCCAAACUUUUAAACAGAUGACUCAUGAAUUAUAUAAUUAUAUUUUUGACAAGAUUGUAUAUAUAAUUUCCAGUCAUCUCAAAAUUAUAGUCUCAAAGAUUAAAUUUCAAAGCAUGAGGAAGAAAAGGUCAUACAAAUUUUGUAAAGAUUUUUUUUUUGUAAAAAUGACUAAAAUUCUCAAGAAAAGAAUAUUUUUAUAAGAAGAAAAUUAAGAAUUGUAAAAAUGAUAGGAUGAGGGAGAAAAAAGUUUUCAAGUCAAAACUCGAAAAAAGUAGAGAGGAAAAAAAGAAUAAUAUGUUACUUUUAUAUUAUAUUUGUGCAACAAAACUUUUUUUGAUGACUUCAUCAAUAUUCUCGAUUUAUUCAGUAAAAUGUUUGUUGCCUAUAAUAAUUCAAAAAAGUUAAUAUUAUUUGAACCGAUCAAGAAUUCAGCAAGAAAUUUUUUCCCGACCGAUUGUUAAUUUACUUGUUUUUAAAAGAAGAAUAUUAAAAAAAAAUUAUUUUCAUGGCUUAGGAUCGGUAAUUCUCAUCAUCUUGGAGAUGUUAUCCAAGAAAUCUGCGAGUUUCUUAGGGUAUAAAGUUCUCGCGUGUUUGUUAAAAAUGUGUGCAUGUGAAUGAGUGUGUAGUCCUUACGUGUUCUCGUAUUCUAAAUUAUAUUUGUUAGAAAGUUACUGUUAAUUUGCGAGAAGCAAAAAAUCAGGACUUUAGGGCCUAAAUUUAUCUUGGGACGCUUAUUAAAAGAAAUGAUUUUUUUUAAUUAUUCCAAUUAUGCGCUUUGCAUAAUUUGAUUUAUACAAAUGUUUUAGUGAAUUUUAUAGAAAAAUUUGAAAUGUUUCCUGAAAACGAUAAAAAAUUCAAAAAAAAAUAUAUAAUAUACUUUUUUAAACAAAAAUUUUUAUUUAUAUAGCUUUAUUUUUGAAAAGAAAUUUUUGAGAGCUUUCGAUAAACUUUAUUUAUUUAAAAAUUAAGCAUUUAAAGCGUUGCAGAAAAGUCAAGAGGAAAGAAUUUCAGAGUGUGAAAGUUUAAUAAUAUUUUACUUUAUUGAAGUAACGUGACAAUUAAUUUUGUAAAUAUACGUUUUUAACUUAUAGGGAAUAAAAUUUCUGUAAAUAAAAAUGUAUUUGAAUUCAUGUUCAAAAUGUUCCUGAAUUCUUUCUCUCAAUUUUAGAAUGAUAUAAUUUUAAAUUUGAACUUAUAUUUCGAUGAAAGCCAUUUUAUUUAUAUUAUUUCAAUAUCUCUAACUUAUAUACAUAAAUAAAUGCUCAAUGAAUGAAACUCAAUUUUUUUAGAGAAUUACAAAUUUCUUCAGCAUUACUUAGUUUUUGCUAUUUUUUUAUAUUAAAACAGGCGCAGUUCUAUUUAUUAAGUAUUGUUGAAUUGAAAAAUAUUUACGUCUUGAGAAAGUCUGAGUGUUUUAAAUAAAAACAGAGGACCGAAUUGAUUGCGAAUUUAUUAAAUUUAUCUUGUAAAUGUUAAUUACAAGUGAAAAAUAAUUCAUACGAGCGUACCUCGGGUAAAUUGGUCCCGGAAAGUUAGGGGUAUGUAAUUAGAGUUUUAAAAAAUGAAUUUUUAGCUAUUAGCUGGUUCUACUUGCCCAUGACUUAAGUGUACCUAUGUAUUAUUUAACUUGUAUUAAUUAUAAAUAUAAAACAACAUUUUUAAAAAUA